GGCCAUGGAGCGGCUAUGAAAAAGAGGGGGAAGAGGCGUACGACAUAUUUAACAAGGCUCCGUGUUUCCGCACAAUUUCUCGUUCAGCUUGGACCAAGACUUACAUUAUAUUGCCAAAGGUUUUGGGACACCCCUCCAAAUCAUUGAAUUCAGGUGUUGGGCUUGGCCCCUUAGUUCCAGUGAAAGGAACUCUUAAUGCUUCAGCAUACCAAGACAUUUUAGACAAUUUCAUGCUCCCAACUUUGUGGGAACAGUUUGGGGAUGACCCCUUCCUGUUCCAACAUGACUGCACACCAGUGCACAAAGCAAGGUCCAUAAAGACAUGGAUGAGUGAGUUUGGUGUGGAGGAACUUGAUUGUCCUGACUUCAACCUGAUAGAACACCUUUGGGAUGAAUAAGAGCGGAGACUGCGAGCCAGACCUUCUCGUCCAACAUCAAUGCCUCACCUCACAAAUGCACUUCUAGAGGUAAUCAAAAAAGACAAUCAUGUCUGACUACACUGACUCUUUGACUGAUGUCUCCAGUGACAGUUUUUGGGAGGUUGGUAAUUACAAACGGACUGUAAAGCGGGUGGAAGAUGGGAAUCGUCUGUGUAACGACUUGAUGAACUGUAUUCACGAGCGAGCCCGCAUUGAAAAGGCAUAUGCACAGCAACUGACUGAAUGGGCCAAGCGCUGGAGACAACUGAUAGACAAAGGGCCUCAGUAUGGGACGGUGGAGCGGGGCUGGUGUGCCCUGAUGACAGAAGCGGAGAAGGUCAGUGAUCUCCAUAUGGAAAUAAAGGGUGUUCUCAUGGGGGAGGACUUUGAAAAAGUGAAAAACUGGCAGAAAGACGCCUACCACAAGCAGAUGAUCGGCGGGCUGAAGGAAACCAAAGAGGCUGAAGAUGGCUUUCGCAAAGCUCAAAAACCUUGGGCCAAGAAACUUAAAGAGGUGGAUUUGAUGAAGAAGGCCUACCACACAGCCUGUAAGGAAGAAAAGUUGGCCACCACCAGGGAGAACAACAGUAAGCUGGAGAGCAACAAUCCUGAGUCCCAGAAAAAGCUCCAAGACAAAGUAGAGAAGUGCCAGCAGGAUGUGCAAAAGUCUAAGGAGCGCUAUGAGAAGGCCCUGGAGGAGCUGGAUAAGGUAACACCUCAGUACAUGGAGAACAUGGAGCAGGUGUUUGAGCAGUGGCAGCAGUUUGAGGACAAGAGACUGCACUUCUUCAAAGAACUUUUGCUGGAUGUUAAACAACACCUCGACCUCUCUACCAAUCACAAGUUCCAGGACGUGUACCAGACAUUGGAGGACACAAUCCAGGCAGCCGACACAGGGGAAGAUCUGAAAUGGUUCCGUUCCAACCAUGGCCCAGGCAUGCCGAUGAACUGGCCUCAGUUUGAGGACUGGUCUGUAGACUUAAAUCGGAUGCUGAGUCGGAGAGAAAAAAAGAAGCCAGGCGAUGAAGUAACGCUUACAGGCAUCAAUCAAACAGGAGAACGAGCAGCCAAGACCAAUAACAGCUUGACUGUGCCCAGUAGCACGGAAGCAGUGGGCUUAAACCCAUUUGACGAUGAGGAUGAUGAAGAGGAGACGCCACCAGCGCAGCCCAACAGCAGUCCAGCCAGUGUGAAAAAAGAGGAAGUUGUUGCCAAAAUUACCAGCAAUGUGGAGAAGACACGGGAUUCGUCAGAUGAAGAGACCGGGAACCCUUUUGCAGCAGACACCAAUGGAAAUGGGAAUCCGUUUGAGGACGAGCCAGGUUCUCCCAGGGUUUCGGUUCCUGUACGAGCUCUAUAUGACUAUGAGGGCCAGGAGCAGGAUGAGCUGAGCUUCAAAGCAGGUGAUGAAUUUAUUAAAAUCGGAGAGGAGGAUGAGCAGGGGUGGUGCAAAGGACGCCUGAAAGAUGGCCAGGUUGGACUCUACCCAGCUAAUUACGUGGAGGACAUUCAGUGACCAGAGGAAAUAAAAAGAGUGGAGAGGAAGAAAGCGAGACUGAGAGAAGAAAAGAGGGGAGGUUCUGAUGAUGAGAGGCUGCUCGUUAUUCCCCCCUUGUGGUGGAGGCUGGACCAACCGCUGCAAUAAUCCAAAAUGUCUUUCCACCUUAAAGUUUCUUAUAGAUACUGCCCUUUUUUGGAGAUUUAGAAGCAGAUAUGAUGCCAUGAUCUCAUUACAAGUAGUUUUUAAAAAAUAAAUAAAAUAAAAUAAAAAAGGCUGAAAAACAACAGAUCUGCACAAAAGGGCAGCAAUACAUGCUGUGUUUUAAUUAUAUAGAGCACAUAUCAUUUGACAUUUGAUCCAUUUUUAAAGUUCUGAAUGCAGUGUCAGUUUACUCAUACCAAGUCUGGUCUGGAUUCUGGUUCUAACUGCAACAUCGAGCAUCUUGAGGUGGAAUGUUUCACAGGUUACCGUUUUCUCUGUUGCUCUUAUAUUCCUCAAGGUCAGGGAAACCUGCUUUGUUAAUAAUAAACAUGUUACUUAAUGUUCUAUGAUCAAUAGUAUGUUUCCAUACAUGUUACAUAAAAGCUAUAUUUUGGUAAUUACCUUAUUGCAAAGACAUGCAGGCUACACAUGGUGAGAACAUUGCCAUGUUCUGAAAGUUAGAUAUCUUCAGAGUAUUUCAUUAUUUUUCAACACUGUUUCCUGCAAUGAUGCUUCAGAGGAAAUCUAGAGGUUUUAUUUUCCAACCAGAUUUUAUUACUUUUACAAAGUGUGUGUAUGGAUGGAUGAUGGAUUUUCUUUUCUUUCUUUUUUUUUUGGUGGAGAUUAGUCAGUCUUGACCCUGAGCUGAACUAGACCAAAGCCAGGUUGACUGCUGGAUUAGUUUUUCAGGGAAGAGCUGAAGUAUGACCGUUGUGUCCCAGGUGAGUUUCAUUGCUGUUCAAGUCAGGAACCUUUCACUUCUCUCAUGAAAACGGAUUGUUUUUGAGCAAUAGCUUAUUUCGUUUCAAGUAGUUUAGUAUCACAUAGUUUUUGUUCUUGGGGAAGGUCUCUCACUUGAAGUUGUCAGCUUUAUUUUAACCUGCACUGGAAAGUUCACAGCAGAUCCACAGAAGAAAAAAAAAUUGUAAUCCUUUUGUUACAAACUUGUUACAAACACUUGAUGUCCACUGAUAUGAAAUGUUUCAUAAAGAUUGAGUCAUGUAAGGAAAAGAUGCAGAAACGUGAUAGUAUUUGUGCAUGUAAAUGACAAUGAACAGGAUGAUUUGCGAUGGACAGCGUACGUAGACAUUUUUCAGAUUAAUUUAUAAAAUGCCAUAAGUGCUUCAACCUUUCCUCCUGGAUAAAUGCUGUGAUUCAGAAUCAGAAUGUAUAUUAAGCAUGUAUGUAAUUUGAAUGUUAUGAUUUUAUUAUUAUUUUCUUACCUGUAUUAUUAUGAGUUUUAUUUCAUUCUUCAGAUGGUCAUAUUGAGUUAUUUAGACACACAUCUUUAUAAAUGGAUUGAUUUUCUUUGGAGUCUGAUAUGACAGUUUGUAAUUGGUCUUAUUACAAAGGCCCAUGCCCGUUAAUGGCUGCGCUCUAUUUAACACCAUCUCGUAAGAGCAGAAGCAAAUGAAUUUUGAAUGUAUGAGAGAGGUUUGCUGCAAUUAUUGAGAAAUGGCGUAAGAGCUUUAACUUUGGGGUUUUGGUAUGUAAAACAGCACCUGUGCUUUCACAGUACAUCCUGUUAAAUGUCACCUUGGCAGUUGGCAAAUAAAUGAUUUAAAAUCAGA